CACACGCCGUUGCGCUUCUGGACAGGAGAAGAUGGCGAGCUCCACAGUUAAAGUCCCACGUAACUUUCGCCUUUUGGAGGAACUUGAAGAGGGUCAGAAAGGUGACGGAGAUGGCACAGUGAGCUGGGGCCUGGAGGACGACGAGGACAUGACCCUCACACGAUGGACAGGCAUGAUCAUCGGACCAGCCAGAACCAACUAUGAGAACAGGAUAUACAGCCUGAAGGUGGAAUGUGGACCUAGAUACCCAGAGACAGCACCAACUGUUAGAUUUACAACAAAAAUUAGCAUGAACGGGAUAAAUUCCAACGGGACGGUGGAUUCACGUAGCAUACCAGUAUUAGCAAAAUGGCAGAAUUCUUAUAGCAUUAAAAUUGUUCUUCAAGAGUUACGGCGUCUAAUGGCGUCCAAAGAAAAUAUGAAGCUUCCUCAGCCACCAGAAGGACAUACCUACAGCACUUAAUGGAUUGUUUCCACCCUCUGUCUUAAAGCUCCCUCUCUUAGAAAUAAUGUGUAAAAUCAUCCAGAGGCUCACUUCAACACAUCAGUAUCGUCAGCCAGAGCAACUUUGGACUUUUCUUCUUCCAUUGCUCAUCAAGAAAGAAAAAAAAAACAAAAAAGAAAACAAUGUCCCCGCAGUUCCGCACUGAAUUGAUAGUUAGCAGACUGAGACCACAGUUAUCUUCUGAUUCUGAUCUGCCUUUAAUGGAGUUUGUUUGUGGAGGGAAGCAUGAGGCCACAACGCGACUGUACCAGACCCCCGACAGUUUAACUGAAGUCAGAGCAGCAGGACGCCAUCUGCAGGCCGCUUGUGUAACUAACACUAGAGCAGGAGAAAUGUUAGCGGAUGGCUGAGUUCUGAACUGUGGCUGUAGUUUAAAAGUAGUGUCACGAUAUGAGUUUUUUUUUUUUUAAGAAUAUAAGUAUAUAAAUAUAUAUCUGUAUUUGACACGAUACCAAUAUGUUUCUGUUCUGCGGCUCUUUGACAUGUAACAGACGUUGAAGCCUGUUCUGUUCUGAAACCCUCGCAUUUAACUCCUAGUGAAAAUCACAGGUGUGUAAACUUGUAAUUUUCUGAAAAUAAAAUCACUGUCUGCAAAGAACCCCUCAA